UGCCCGGCCCGGCCCGGCCGCCUCCUGGCCGCCGCUGCUCUCCUCUCCUCUCCUCUCGUCCCGCAGGCUGUGCCGUCCCCGCGCUCCGCUGCCCAGGAUGCGUCAGCAGGAGCUGCCAAGGUCUGGCAGGGCUGACCCGCAGCAGAACUGAACCAGAGGCUCCGAGUGUGGGAGCAGAGCCCAGAGGAGCAGAGAGCGCUGAGCCGGGGCUGGGCGCACCAUGGGGGCGAGCACCUCCAGCAGGUCACCCCCCUUUGAUGGCAACGGGGAUGUUACCUUCGACCAUUUUGAGAUUUUGCGAGCUAUUGGGAAGGGCAGCUUUGGAAAAGUCUGUGUGGUGCAAAAGACUGACACCAAGAAGAUGUACGCCAUGAAAUACAUGAACAAACAGAAGUGUGUGGAGCGAAAUGAAGUGAGAAAUGUUUUCAAGGAGCUGCAGAUUAUGCAGGGCCUGGAACACCCUUUCCUGGUUAAUUUAUGGUACUCAUUCCAGGACGAAGAGGAUAUGUUCAUGGUGGUUGACCUGCUGCUCGGAGGGGACCUGCGCUACCACCUCCAACAAAACGUGCGGUUCCAAGAGGCCACUGUGAAACUCUUCAUCUGUGAGCUGGUGCUGGCCCUUGACUACUUGCAGAGCAGGCACAUCAUCCACAGAGAUAUCAAGCCCGACAACAUUUUACUGGAUGAGCGCGGACACGUGCACGUCACUGAUUUCAAUAUUGCCACCAUGCUGACCAAGGAGAGCCCUGUCACCACCAUCGCUGGCACCAAGCCCUACAUGGCGCCUGAAAUGUUCAGCUCCACAAAACCCACCAGCUACUCCUUUGCCGUGGACUGGUGGUCGCUGGGAGUCACUGCCUACGAGCUGCUCCGAACCCGGCGGCCGUACCACAUUCGGUCCAACGCUUCCCCGGGCGACAUCGCUCGCGUGCUCCGGACGGCGGCGGUGGCGUUCCCGGCGGCGUGGAGCCCGGGCAUGGUGGGGCUCCUCGGGAAGUUGCUCGAGCUGAACCCCGAGAAACGUUUUUCUCAGCUCAAGGACAUCCAGUCCUUCCCGUACCUGUCUGAUGUGAACUGGGAUGCUGUUCUCCAGAAAAGAAUACUGCCAGAAUUCAUUCCCGUGAAAGGCAGACUGAACUGUGACCCAGCCUUUGAACUGGAAGAAAUGAUCCUGGAAUCCAAACCUCUUCACAAAAAAAAAAAGCGCUUGGCUAAGAAGGAGAAAGACACAAGCAAAAUCAAUUCAUCCCAGGCCAGCCACCUCCAGAAGCACCUGGAAAUGCUCCAGAGAGACUUCAUUGUUUUCAACAGAGAAAAGGUAAGACCUCACUGUGACAGCAUCCAAGAGACCAUGACAAAAAGUGGCGGCCCACACAGGGAGGACAAUCAGAACAUCAGCCUCUGAGAGCAGCUCAGCCCCUGCAGGGGACUCCUCGUGGCACUGGGGCUCACCAUCCACCUUCACAAUGCCAGGCCGUGCCAGCAGCCCAGGGCACAGAGGAGAGCUGGGGCUCCCCUCCCUCAGCUCAUCCCCACAGCCCAAGGGCCCAUGAGAGGCUGUGGGGGCUGCCUUGCAAUGGGCACAGCUGGUCAGACAGAUCCUGUCAUGUUGCCUUUCCUGAGGGCAGGAACGCCACCACAAGACAAUGGACAAGACAGCUUUCGCUACUUUGGCUCGGCUGGCAGGUGCCACAGCCCUUGGUGCCACCAUGCAGGCAGCUGCUGCCCCGUGCUGAGGGGUGCCCACAGCUGUGCCACAGGGCUCUGCAGGUGUUGGCAUUCCCACGGAUGGGCUCAUGGCUGCUUCCCCAGCAGGAAGAGGUGGCUCCCACAUGCAUGAUCUUCACCAAUGCAUUGUGACAAAAGUGGCCUUUGCUUACAGACAGCGCCUGCAAACAUCCUGUGAGGGGGCACAGGAGGCUGGAGAGGAGCUCCUUCCUUAGCUGCGAGGAGGCAGCAAAGGCUUCCUGCCCGUUUAGUGCUCUCUCCAUGGACCCAGCAGGGCUGGCAUGGUUGGUGGCCAGUGUGCAGACAGAUGUGCACACCAAGCUGUAACAACCAGGUGCUGGUGAAUCCAGAUGCUUUACCAGUCUAGCCUGAAAAAUACAUUCACCAUCAUGAUAAAACUGCUGCAGCUCACUGAAUCUGAUGGAGCUUGGCUUCCAAAAUCAGAUGGGAAUUUAAAUGUAUAUUUUGAAUGUCUCUACCACUGAAAUCACACUUGAUUUAAGCAGGAACUGUCCUCAGGAACCGUGAGGAUAGCCUUCCUGGGAAUGAUGAGUCCAAGGCAGAGAGACAUGGAGUCUCCACCCCACUGAGAAGUCCUUGA